AUGAGCCCUGGAAAGAAGGGCAGAGGCCGGCCCUGGCCUAGAGCUCUACCUGGCUGGUGGAUUCUCCUUGGCUGCAUAACAGGUACCAGGCAACAGGGAUGGUGCAAAACAAGGGAGGUGUUUUUCUUUCUUUCCAGGGGUUCAGGGGGGAGAGAAACAGCCUCACUGGGGGAACAAACCAAACUGGGCAGGCAGACCAGAAUAUUUUUGGGGUCCUCGUCCAUUCUGCUUGAGUCACAUCCAAACCAUUUAAAGUACUUUUAACAGGCACAAAGGGUGCUAAGAACUAUAGGACUGAAAGGUCAGCACCCCCUUAACAAACUUUGGUUCCCAGGAAUCUUAGGGGGAAGCCAUGACUGCUAAUAGCAUGUUGUACUAUUUUUCCUCUCCGCCCCCCCAGUCUGUAUUUUAAUAGGGUUUUUUUUUUUUUUUUUACACUGUUGGAAUUAUAGUUCCAUUACUUUUCAAAGCUUUUAUUUUUUAGCUAUGGGUGUUUUAUCUGUGUGGGUUCCCCGCCCCCCCAUGAGUUGCCUUGAGUCCUGGAAAAAAGGCAGGGCGUAAUCAAAUGAAUAAAUAAAUGCAUAAAUGCAAUAUUGUGGAAUAAGAGUGCUUAAAAUAAAUGGUGUGGUGGGUAUCACCUCAGUCUGCCUUUCUGCUUGCAGGUUUUACAGUGUUGGAGCUGGGGGCUGGCUUACAGCCAAGGUAGUCCUGAUAGCAUUUUUUAAAAAUUCAAAGGGUGGCAGAUUUGGUUCAGGGCCAUGGUACUGAGAAAUCUUAUGGAAAUCUUGCUUCUUCAUCCAUACCAAUUAGCAGCUUGGGAGGGUGGGUACAGUCCCUACUGGGAAAACAGUAGAACAAUAAUGGUUUGUUAAAAAGGCCCAUCUCUGCCACUGUGGCCCCAAUCCAACCCAUGCCCCUUAUUUUUACCAACAGCAUGGUCACGGAGAAACAAUUGGUUGUUGUGACUGGUGGGGGUUUUUCCUCACACACACUCAGAAUCCAUUUGUUGAAAGCUGUGAAGGUGCCACACACAGCUUAGAGCCAGUGUGGUGUAGUGGUUAAGAGCGGUAGGCUCGUAAUCUGGUGAACCGGGUUCGUGUCUCCGCUCCUCCACCUGCAGCUGCUGGGUGACCUUGGGCCAGUCACACUUCUCUGAAGUCUCUGAGCCCCACUCACCUCACAGAGUGGUUGUUGUGGGGGAGGAAGGGAAAGGAGAAUGUUAGCCGCUUUGAGACUCCUUAGGGUAGUGAUAAAGCGGGAUAUCAAAUCCAAACUCCUCCUCCUCCUCCUCUUCCUCCUCUUCUUCUUCUUUGGGGCCACCACAGAGAAGGCUCUCUCUGCUUGAACCACCCCCACCCCCUGAGCAUAUGAGGGUGGUAGAACUACCAAGAGGGCCCCCUCGGCUGAUUUCAGCACCCAGGAGGGUCUGUGGGGUGAGGGGGAUAGGAAGCUGGUCCUGAGGAACUGGUACCGACUGCUAUCUUUGCAAACAGGUUGCUCAGAGAUGGGGGUGGGGGGUAAUUGGAAGCUGCCUCAGCACCCAAAGGCUCUCACCGCUGUCUCUCAGGCACGUCCCAUGACAUCACCGGGUCCUUCUCAAUUAUCACCAAUUACCUUGAGAAGAUGUCACUGUUCCAGGCAGCUCCAAUUAAUUAUCUAGCCUGAGAAUUCAACCCGGGGACAGUUCCCAUUCACUGCAAUGCCUUCGCACUUCGCCUGGAGGAGAGGCAAAAAGAGAGAGGUCCCUUGGGAGUGGGACACACAGGCCCAUUGUUCAGGAAAAAGCUACCGCCCCCACCUCCCAUCCAGCCACUCAGUGCUCAGGCCUUUGGAGAAAGGAAGCGAAAAGGUCAGGAACAGAGUCUCCCGUGGCUCAUUUCCAACCCAGACUCCCCUUGGCACCAUCUCUAGAGCGGGUCUUCAAGAGGAAGGAAUGAGCUGUAUCUGCCCUCUCCCAAAAAAGGCAUUCUGCUGCCCCCAAGGAGCCCCCCCCCACUGUCAUUUUUUUUUUAAUCUACUUACAUUUCCCCCCCAUUGGCUUCACCUGUGGGUCUUCCACUGUGAUGCCACGGUGCCAAAAGUUUGGAGUUUUUUUGUCCCCAGUAUGUCCGACAACAUCUGGAAGACCAGAGGUGUCCCAUUGCUGUCCCUUUAUAACAUCCAGUUAUAGGCCUUGUCCCCAGUAAGUGUCUUUUCUUGCAGGAACUAAUGACUACUGAACUGAGCCACGAGAAAAAAGGAGGGGGGAAAGGUGGGGGAAUGAUAAUCUUUAAAUGUACAAAGUUGAGAGUGGUGUAAAUCCCAGAUCUUUAAACACAACCGUCGCCAGCCAGAUGUUCUUCCGAUGUUGUUAGAAUCAGAAUGACCAUUAGCCCUGACCAGCAUGCCCCAAACCCAAAGGGCACCAGGUUGGCGAAGGUUGCUUAUAGCUUUAAAAGAGCCUUGCCGAAUCGUAAGAACACAAGAUGAAGAUGCUGGAUCCAACCAACCGCCCUUCCAGGCCAGCAUCCUGUUCUUGCAGUGGGAAACUUUCAAGGAGGACCCAAGCAUAGUCUCUCCAUCAUGGCUAGCAGCUAUCAAUGUCCUUCUCUGUCAGUUUGUCCCAUCCUCUUUUAAAGCCAUCCUGUGCCAGGGAGUUCUACAGUUUAACAAUGUGCUGUGUGUCCACGAGUUCCAGUGUUAGGAGAGAGGGAUAAAUGUCAGAUCAAGCCUCGUGUAGUCUAGCCUUCUAUCCAAGGCAUUCAAAAAGCCAGCAAGGCCCAGGGGCAGUGGAAAGGUCAAUUUCUGAGCAUCCCUGACCCUCCUUCUCUCUCUCUCUCUCAGUCUCAGGGGCUGUGAAAGUCUCCGUGGUGGCUGAUAGCAUCCAGGUUGUACAGGGAGGAAGUGCCCUCUUGCCGUGCUCUUUCCGCACCACAGCACCCUUGAACCACCUCAAUAUCAUAUGGACCAUCAUUCCAUCUGCGGACCCCAACCACCCUCAGCAGGUGAGAUCAAGCUGUUUUUUGGGGGGGUGUCUUUCACCAACUCACCCCUUUUGGAAUUUGCAGUGCUUCUGCCCUGAGUUUUCAGGUGCCUGUGAUAUCGUUCUAACAUACAUCUUUGAGGGCAAAGCCUUGAAUCUCACCAUGAUGGCUCUGAGGCUGAUGGUGGCCCUUGGAAUAUCAGAACUAUAUUUUUCAUCAUGCCAAAAGGAGAGGCAGCGUUAUGUAGUGGUUAGAGCAGCAUGUGCCAAGCUGAAGCUCUCCACAUACUUGGGACCACAAGUUAUUCCUAGCCAGUAUUUUGCAGUAUUUAUGCAUUCCUCCGAAGUACACACACCACAUCUCCAGACAGCAGGAUCAAUGUCUCCAAGAUUCUCUUCCAGCCUCUGGAUUUCUCUCCCUGUUUCUGUCUCAAAACUGCCUCUUCCAACCUGAGACAUUCAAAUCACUCUCCAGAGAAAUUGCCAACCGUUUCCUAACCAUUAGGUCCCUUUUGAUGAAAGAUCUGCCAAUCAGCCUUAGUAGGGUUGCCAGACCUGACCUGAAAUCUCCAGGUUUGCCUAUCCCUCUUCAGGUGGGACGGCUUGAAUCUCCAGGUGGGCAGCAGUGCCUUAAAUAAAAAAAAACUUUUUUAAUUAUUCAGAAGACUAUGCAUGCAGCUUGCAAGCUUCAGCUUGGUAGGAGCCAGCUGAAAAUUACUGCACGGGCUCUCCAAGGUCUUCCCUCCUUGCCUCUCCCAAUUAACCUCCGUCUCCAGGGUUCAGUGGUGGGAGGGAGUGCAGAAUCACCAGGUGCCACCCUAGCUCUCAGGUUUGGGCCGUAAAAUCUCAGGGUCUGGGAUGCUCCAUGGCUAUCCAUUGACAAGCAACAUCCUGAACAAAAGGUAGUUCAAGUCCUCUAACAGGUGCCCAAGAAAGCCAAGGUCCAGCAUAACCAAACAGAGAGUCUAGACUUUCACUCACCUGCCCACCUUGAAACUGCCUCAGUGUACUGUCUUCUUAGCUUCACUCUCUUCUCUCGCUCUGAGCAUCCUUGGCCCGUCAUCUCACUUGACCUUCCUCUGCUCUGCAGGUCCUUGCCUACGAGCAAGGCGAGGUGGUGGAGAGCAUCUCCCACUACACAGGCCGGGUGGGCUUUGCUUUCUCGCCCACCAAGAGCGCCACCAUCAUCCUGAACGACACACGGAGCUCGGACAGUGGCAGGUACCAGUGCAGUGUGAUGAACCCGCCAGACGCUGCCACGCCCAACAUUGGAGUCAUCCAGCUCACUGUGUUUGGUAUGGCUGCUCCCACAUCCUUACUCUCAGCUCCCUCACAAGCACGAGGCUAGGCUUGUCUCUUUCCAUAAUAAAUAAUAAUAACAACCACAACCACAACAGCAGCAAUUGUAUUAUUUAUAUCCCACCCAUCUGGCUGGGUUUCCCCAGCCACUCUGGGCGGCUUACAGCACAUAAAAAAUGGUAAAACAUCAGACAUUAAAAUUUUUCCCAAUACAGGGCUGCCUUCAGGUGUCUUCUAAAAGUCUGGUAGUUGUUUAUUUCCUUGUCAUCAGAUAAGAAGGUGUUCCACAGGGUGGGCACCACUACUGAGAAGGCCCUCUGCCUGGUUCCCUGUAACUUUGGUUUUUAUUCUGGUUAGCAUAUCAAACAUUUGGUUUUCAUUACCUUUUAUUUAUUUAUUAUUUCUAAAUACUGCUAGGCCUCUACAUCAUCUUCAUUUGGAACAACUUCAUUAUUGUCAUCUUGAAAAUAUUUGCGUAUCUAAAAAAUGAGCAGAAAUAACUCAAGAAAUGGGGCUUGUGGGUCUGAACUGGACUUCCUCUUCUUCUGUGUCCCUCCCCCAGUGCCUCCCUCUCGUCCCAGGUGCUCCAGCGAGGGCGACGGCGAGGAGGGCGGAAGCCUCCAGUUCUCGUGCACCGUGGAUGAAGGGAUGCCCACCCCCACAUUCACCUGGGAGAAGAUCCCACCAGAUGCACAACCUCUGAUGAUGAGCUAUGAAGGUAACAAGAAGCCGAGAGAGGUGGCGUUCAGCCUGAGACAGCUGCUGGUCCCAGUAUGAGUAGGGCAAGCAGCAAACUAGAUGGAAGGCCUUUUAUGAUAAGAAUUUUAAGGUCUUAGAUAUAUAAUAAAUGUUCAUAAAUGUACCAAGCAAACACGUACAUAAAUAUAUAAACCACAUGUCUGAAGCAGCACAGGAAGACAGUCCUGAAACCAUUUUGACUCCCAAGCUGACCAAAUGUUUCUCUGCAAGGAGGGAGGAGGUGGAAAAAAACCUUCCUUGUUAUAGGAAUUUAGUAAUCACCAUUUCAAAGGGUGACAGACUACCAGGAAAGGCAAUCAGAUAAGGCAUUAUCAGACAACCUGGCAUACAGGAAAAACAACAACAUUCAAAUUUCUGUUGUAGACCACCUUUUCUGUGAUGUAUGUAUGAUGUAUGGAGGGGUUGUCUUGAGCUCCAGGACAGGGAAUUAAAAAUGUCUAUAUAAGGGCAGGCACACCUUGGUUCUGGGUCCUCCUCCGUCCUCCUGCGUGUGAGGGGAGUACCCUGUUGCAACAGCUUUAAUAAAGAUCAGGCUUACUAGCUGCUUUGCUUCUCAAUAUUCUCUGGUUGGCCUCUGUUAUUUUCUCCUACUGAUAGGGAACCCACAUAAGGACUCUAUACGGGCUCUUGGAUACCCCAUAAGGGGAAAAGGGCAGAUUUUGUUUACAACACUUUUAUUUGAUUGAUGGUUUGUGAGAGGGUGUUAUAUAUUGUUGCAUGCACCCUAACGGCCAGGCUGGUACCUGUGCUUACCCAGGGUUCAGUUUCCUUGGAAUGAAGGGAGGCGGUGGUCUCUUUAAGGUACAUGGUUUUCUUCACAUAUAUGCAAACCCCAGUGUAGGAGGGAGGGAAUCACAGCAUCAACACCCCAACAAAACUUGCUUCCCCAUUAGGUUUCCAGGGGAGCCCCCAAGUACAGCACAGAGCACAUAUUUCUGAGUCUCCAGCUUCCAGCAUCAGCCCCAAACUCUUGCACACAGCUCUCUCAAACGCAGACCCUUUUUCUUGGCCUAUUGUUCCCCUUUUUCCCCUCUUUUUUUGGUUUUUCAGAUUAAAAUUUUACAAUCACAUAUCCAACAUAAAAACAAGAUUCCAAAGAAUCUCCUGGACUUCCCUCCUCCCCUUUGUGGGUCCUAUUGUUAAUAAUUUCCUCCUGCAUCUUUUAUAAUAAUCCAAAUAUUUUACCUCUCUGUUGUGUCCAAAAUUCAGCAUUAAACUACAAUAUUUUAGUUGUUUGCAAUGGUUUAUAAGAUAAAAUAUAACGUUCCCCCAUUCUUUAUUAAAAUUUUGGUCUCCCCGAUUUCUGAUUCUUCCAGUCAUUUCGGCAUAAUCCAUCAAGUUAAUCUGCCAUUCUUCUCUGGUAGGGACUUUAUCUUCUUUCCUUCUCUGGGCCAAUAACAAUCAGGAAGACCAAAAUUUUAAUAAGGAAUGGGGAAGAUAUUGUUCUCCAUUCUAGGAUGAUGUGGCAUCCAGCCAGGUGAGUUGGGAAAAAACCCACCCUUUUGUCUCUUCGAUACAGUAAAUGGCAGCAUUUAACUGGCCAGCCUAAAUAAAUAUCCUUUACACUUCCGGGUUAGCGCCAUCGCCGAAUGGCGGACUCCCUCCGAGCUCCGGAGGGAGUCUGCUCGGCAGGGGCUGGGUCCUACCGCGCCGGCGACGCGGGGACCCUUAAAACCACGGGCACGGAGUCCGUGGACAUGGGUGACUCGGCUUGCACCAUUAGCGCCCUCCCGACUCGUGAAGGAGCCUUUUAAAGGCUUCGGAUCGGGUGCCGGGGAGUGGCGUGGUGCUUGAGUCCACUGCUUUCCCUGCCGAGCGCAGCCGCAUGCCAUUCGACGGAGAGCGCUGACUACUUCUAUUGAAAAUUUGGACAAUAAACAACAACCCGUGAGUAAUUGGGAAACCGGGUCAAAAAUUUUGGAUUGGGCAGGAGCGGGGGGUAUUUAAAAUGGACGUCAAUCCCCCUAUUGUAAGCAUUCCAAAACAAGGACUGGGUGACCAAGGUCCAAAGGGAAGUAUGUCUCUGAUAAAAAUCAUUAAUUUCACGAUGGGAAAUUAUAAGAAAUGUGCUGGAGGAGAAGAGUGGAGGGUGAGAAGAAAAAUGCAACCCCCCCCCCUGGGAACCGGGGCGAUUCGUGGAGCCUGGUGAAGAGAGACGGAGACUUUGACAGCUGUCAAAGUGGCUGUCAAAGCUGGAGAAUAUAAAGAGGACUUUGUUAUGAGGACCUUGCUGGUUAAUUUUGUUACAAUUUGCUAUAAUAUGGAUAUAAACUGUUGGAAAAUAAGCAACAAUUUGACUUUUGGAUUAGAGGAUACAAAGUUAUUACAAUCCCCCCUAGAGGGGUUUUGGGUUACUACAAGAACGGUCGUAAGUGGAAAAAUACCCUGGGAUUCGCACAGGAUUUGUUAUCUUCUGGGAAAGCUGCAAAACUGAAAGAGUAUUUUGUCUACAGAGGAAGACAAUGGAAUUUUUUUAUUGAAGAAAGAAAGGGACUGGACGUAAGUUUUUGUUCCUGAAUAACAAACCUCUGCAGAGACACUAGAUUUCUGAAUUAGAAAGUUUUAGCAGCUGAACAGGACAAGAAACCUGAGAAAGUGAGGAAUAAGAAGAAUAAAGGACUGAUUACGACACGGAAAGAACAACGGGAGGAGUGGUAAAGAUCAAGGAAAUUAAAGGCCUUUGUUAGAUUGGACAUUUGAAGUCAAAUAUUAUUUAAAUUAAUAAACUAAAAGAAAACCGGCAAGAUGGAAUCGGGAGAAAUCUGGUCAUGAAAUGAGACUUCCAAGCUGAUAAUGUAUAGACUGAUGGACAUGGGGAAUUCAAACCGGGAAGGGGGGAGAUUUGAAAUCCAACGGCUGUGUAACCAUUUUUUGAAUUUUUCUAUAUCUCUUAUUUUCUAUUUCCUUACAUAACUUACGCAUGUUAUUUUACUUUGAUCGGACGUGUUUAAAAAAAAAGGGAAUUUGUGGAAGGAACUGGGGUGGAUCUUGGGGAAAAUCUUUUCUCUUUUUCUGUUAAUGAUGUGGGACGGUGGUAAGAUUUGUACAAUUCAAUCUGGAUAGUGGGUUAAACAAAUUAAGCUUUAAAUUGGGAGUGAGAGCUUGUAGAACCAAAUUAAGGAAAGGGGAAUACAAUUGGGGGAGGGGGAGUCCCAGAAAGUAGGGAAUGAAAGUAAGGUUUUUAAAUAUCUUCUUUCUUUUGUCUUUUUUCUUUGUAUUUUUAUAUUUUUGGAAACUUUAAUAAAUAUGAUUUUAAAAAAUAAAUAAAUAAAUAAAUAAAUAUCCUUUAAAAAAUGGGAUCUGGUAUUGGUUAGUCAGCAGCUAUUAGCUUCCAAGCAUUACUGGAUCUUGGAUCACAGGCUUAGAAGGGACCAAGGGAGUCAUCCAAACAGACUACACCCCCCCCAAUUAUUGUUGUUGUGAUUAUUAUUAGUUGCCUAACUCUAUUAAAAAUCAAUUGAGAGCAGUACCACACAGGAAUUUUGUAUCACAGCUCUCAUACACCCCCACCACUGACCAUGCCAGCUGGGGGUUGAUGGGAAUUGUAAUCUAUAAAGCAUCAGGAGGGCAGCAAGCUAAGGAAGCCUGAUUUGGAAGACGAAAUAUCCAAAAGUCCUGAAUCCAAGGAAGGACGUCUAGGCUACAGAUCCUCCCUUGCUCUUAAUACAUACAUACACACAAACCUCCCACUGCCUCAUUAUUCCGGGAACAAGAAUGCAUCUGUUGCCAUUUUUAGACAUCCAUCCAUCUCAGCCAAGCUUUGAAGAAUUCUCCUAAGGGGAUGCAGUAGUGGGUCAGCUCCUGUUCACAUUCAUGUAAUACAGAUGAGGGUCCUAUGCUGAUUGUGAUUGGGGGUUGGGGGGGGAGGAGUUACUUCCCAUUGCUAAUUUCCCCUUUCUCCUCCGGCUUCGGCCCUCUCGUUGGGCAGAUGGCAAACGUGCCCUCCUGACCUUGCAAAACCUGACGACGCAGGCCUCGGGCCUUUACCGCUGCACAGCCUCCAACAUGCUGGGCUCCACCUCCUGCGUCCUGGAGCUGCGUGUUCACGUCAGUGAGUAUCGCCAGUGUCUGGAAAGGGCUGGGGUCUAAGCUGGUGCCCUCAGCUGCAGAUCCAGAAGGUUCACAUGGCAUGGCUUCAUUGUACCAAGGCGUCCAUCUCUGAAUGUGCCUAGGCCUUUCCCCCUGAUGUACUUGCCUAUACAGUGGUACCUCGGGUUACAUACGCUUCAGGUUACUGACUCCGCUAACCCAGAAAUAGUACCUUGGGUUAAGAACAUUGCUUCAGGAUGAGAACAGAAAUCGUGCUCCAGCGGCGCGGCAGCUAAAGUGGUGCUUCAGGUUAAGAACAGUUUCAGGUUAAGAACGGACCUCCGGAACGAAUUAAGUACUUAACCCGAGGUACCACUGUAUUAACUAUUGUUGGUGUUGUGACAACAAUUUAAACACAAGUCUUAAAAGGCAUUUGGAAUAGGUCCUAAAAAUAUGCAUCCCAGGUGUUAGCUCUGCACAGGUAAGUGGAGUUAAGAUUGCAGACAGAGCUAUGGAUCAGGCAGGCUCCCAGUUCAAGCUCUGCUGCCACUAUCCAAAGGCUCCCAUCUUUUUCCUGCAAUAAGGUGGGGAAGUUCCAUUCUCCCAGAGUUUAGGACCAUUCCCAGUUACCUCUUCUGUACAACUGUUAACUCUGUCCUCCUCGAGAUCUAGAAACCCUACUAGGCUUGGUUGUUGCUAGGGGGCAAGACAGUGGUCUUCAGCCAGCCUUCCCCAACAUGGUGCCCUCCAGAUGCUCUUGACUACAAUUCCCAUCAGCCAGCAGGGAUAACGGGACUGGUGGGCGCUGUGAGUGGCCAUUCUCUCAUCCCGUUUCCUUUGCUGUAUUCCAGCCUCACAUGGCACCACCUCCCUCGCAGUGGGGAUCAGCCUCAUGCUCACGAUGGGCCUGGUGCUGAUGACGCUCUUUGCACUGGUGUUGUGGCUGCACCAUCAGAGCGUGGAGAAGCAGAGAGAGCUGGAACAGGACAAUGCACGGAAAAAGCACAGGUAAAUCGAUGCAAGGGCCAAUGUGGGCUAGCAUGCUUCUUGGACUAGGAUCACUGCAGACCUCUGAAUUGCAGCCAGGAAAUACCUACCAUUUGGGGUAUUAUACACAAGGUGCAUUCAUACCAUACAUUUAGAGCACUACAAUACCACUUUAAACCAUCAAGGCUCCCCCCCCCCCAAAAAAAAAUUCUGGGAGCUAAGCGUUGUUAGGAGACUGCCCCCCCCCCAUUCCCCUCACAGAACUGCAAUUCUCAGAAUUCCCCUCUAGGAAUUGCAGCUUUUCAAAUCCCCUCCACACCUUUCAAGUGCCUCUCCCCCAGAACUUCAGGCCUGCACCACUCACCUCCAAGCUGAUAAUCCUCUCCACUCCUUUUGAAGUGCCCCUUCCUGCAUCUUACCCUGCUCAUCUUCUAAGCGGUCCACUAGGUUCCAAGAACUAUGGAACAGACACUGCUCUUGCCAUUCUUCAGACCACCUGAAUAAAGCUUGUGAAACAGUUUUGGGGGAACCCCCUAGACUGAGCCCUAGUGUUCCAAAUGUGGCUAACCUUGGCUGUUGCUCCACAGAACAGACAGCUUCACGUUGGGGCGCCUGAUAGUUGUCAAGAGUCCUUCUGGAGCCAACCCUGCGGCCAGCCCCAUCACCAAGCCCCUCUGGAUCUUCACCAGCUCCACUCCCAACACCACCUAUGCCCAUCGUGAAUGGAGGCCCGAGCAGGGGAACCUCAGCCAGGCCACACUGCCAGGUGGCCCACGGCAACCCUGGGGGAGAUGGAGAAGCAACAGCCUCUCUGAGGAGCAGGGGUCUUCGUCUGGAAGCGAGGAAGGGAAACAGCCAGGUCCUUUCCCAAAACCCAGAGGAUUUCUGGUCUAGUAACAACCACAACAGAUGACCCUCUGCAUGGAUAAAUUCCACUUGAGCAAAGGGACAGAACUUUAGGGGUGGGGACUGGAAAUUGCCCUGGGGAGAGCCCUACCCCAGAGAUCUGACAAGUUUGGGG